ACACAUAGGGAACUUCAGGGACACAAAGCAGCAUCCCCUUUGCUCCCAUUACAUAGCAUCUCCAUUCUUGUACUAUCAUUGAUCCUCAUUGGUACUGUCAUCUUCCAUCCUCUGCUAGAUGCUCUGCUCUCUUUACUGCUUGAUCCUUGCCUCCUCCUGUCUACCUCCCUCCUGUCUCCUUUUCACAUACGGUACUCCUUCCUUUCCUCUGCAAAGCUCUGGCCUGUCCCCUGCAGUGUUCUGUCCUCCUCCUUGUGCUUUACUCCCCGUUCCAGAGAUGAACCGCUUACUUUCCCAAGCAGCUGCCGUCCUGGUGUGAUCAUCUAACCCCGGGGUCACUAGUUUUUGCUGAAAUGCAGAUUGGGAUCUGAAGGACCUAUUAGAUCAGACACCAUGGAGCCCGUGAGCCACCAAGGAAUGCCUCGUCUCUCCUGGAUAGAUACACUCUACAGCAAUUUCAACUACGGCACCGAACAUUACGAUGCUGAGGGCAACGAAGAGCAAAAGAGCUCCCGCGAGGGCUCGGAAACCAUGCCUUACAUCGAUGAAUCUCCCACCAUGUCUCCACAGCUCAGUGCCAGGAGUCAAGACAGUGUCGAUGGGGUCUUACCCACUCCAACUGAGGGAUUACUUCCAGAGGUAAGAAAAAUCGAGUCGGAUAAAGGGUUGUUAAUGAGAAAACUUGUCCUGUCCGGAGUGCUGGCAAGUGAGGAGAUCUAUAUAAACCAACUGGAAGCUUUGCUUUUGCCUAUGAAGCCACUAAAGGCCACUGCCACAACAUCACAGCCGGUUUUGACCAUGCAACAAAUAGAUGCCAUUUUUUACAAGGUCCAAGAUAUUUAUGAAUUCCACAAGGACUUUUAUGACAACCUUUACCCUUGCGUGCAGGAGUUUGACAACAAGACAACUGUCGGGCACCUCUUUCAGAAACUGGUCAGCCAGCUGGGAGUAUACAAGGCCUUUGUGGAUAACUACAAGUUUGCCCUGGAGACUGCUGAGAAGUGUAGCCAAUGUAAUAACCAGUUCACUAAAAUCUCAGAGGAUCUGAAGGUGAAAGGACCGAAGGACUCAAAGGAGCUGCCGACUUCUGUCACCAUGGAAGCUCUGCUGUACAAGCCUAUAGAUCGUGUGACCCGGAGUACUUUAGUUCUGCAUGAUCUCCUUAAACAUACUCCUGCUGACCACCCGGACUAUCCAUUGCUACAAGAUGCUCUCCGUAUCUCCCAGAAUUUUCUUUCUAGUAUCAAUGAGGACAUUGAUCCACGGAGAACUGCAGUCACAACACCUAAGGGAGAGACCCGGCAGCUGAUUAGAGAUGGUUUCUUGGUGGAACUCUCGGAGAAUUCCCGAAAGCUACGUCAUCUCUUCUUGUUUACAGACCUACUGCUCUGUGCCAAGCUCAAGAAGGCAUCCGUUGGGAAACACCAGCAGUAUGACUGCAAGUGGUACAUUCCUCUGGCGGACUUGGUGUUCCCCUCUCCGGAAGAGUCUGAGCCCAUCCCUCAACUGCACGCUACACCUGAACAUGAGAUUGAGGAUAUGAAAGCAAAGAUAUCGGUUCUGAAGAGUGAGAUCCAAAAAGAAAAGUCCAACAAAGGAUCCAGUCGUGCUAUUGAGCGGCUGAAGAAAAAGAUGUUUGAAUAUGAAUCCUGGCUUCUGCUGUUCUCUCCCAGCAUCCCUUUCAGAAUCCACAACAAGAAUGGCAAGAGCUACUUCUUCCUGCUGUCUUCAGAUUAUGAGCGAUCAGAGUGGAGAGAAGUCAUUCAGAAGCUGCAGAAGAAAGAUUUACAAGCAUUUGCACUCAGUUCUUUGGAGCUCCAGGUACUUACUGGGUCCUGCUUUAAGCUGCGAACAGUUCAUAACAUGCCAAUCAUCAGCAAUAAGGAUGAUGAUGAAUCUUCUGGAAUGUACGGUUUCCUGCAUGUGAUUGUUCACUCUGCCAAAGGAUUCAGCCAAUCUGCCAAUCUCUACUGCACAUUAGAAGUGGAUUCCUUUGGUUAUUUUGUCAGCAAAGCUAAGACCAGAGUGUUCCGUGACACUACUGAGCCCGAUUGGAACGAGGAGUUUGAAAUCGAGCUGGAGGGUUCCCAAUAUCUGCGAAUCUUAUGUUAUGAAAAGUGCUAUGAUAAAAGUAAGCUCAACAAAGACAACAAUGAGAUUGUGGACAAGAUUGUGGGCAAAGGACAGAUUCAGCUGGAUCCCCAGGCAGUGCAGAGCAAGAACUGGCAUGUGGAUGUCAUAGAGAUGAAUGGGGUUAAAGUUGAGUUUUCUAUGAAGUUCAGCAGCCGAGAUAUGAGCUUGAAGAGGACGCCCUCUAAGAAGCAGACGGGUGUUUUUGGAGUUAAAAUCAGUGUGGUGACAAAGCGUGAGCGAUCCAAGGUGCCGUAUAUAGUGCGUCAAUGUGUAGAGGAGGUGGAAAAGCGUGGCAUUGAGGAGGUCGGGAUAUACAGGAUAUCUGGAGUGGCCACCGACAUUCAGGCCUUGAAAGCUGCUUUUGAUGCAAAUAGCAAAGACAUCCUGAUGAUGCUUAGUGACAUGGACAUUAAUGCCAUAGCUGGGACAUUAAAACUGUAUUUCCGUGAGCUCCCUGAACCACUCCUUACAGACAGACUGUAUCUGGCUUUCAUGGAAGGAAUUGCUCUGUCUGAUCCAGCUGCCAGGGAAAACUGCAUGAUGCACCUUCUUCGGUCCUUGCCCGACCCCAACCUCAUGACCUUCCUCUUCCUGCUUCAGCACUUGAAAAGGGUUGCUGAGAAAGAACCAAUCAACAAGAUGUCACUCCAUAAUUUAGCCACCGUCUUUGGGCCAACAUUACUGAGGCCAUCUGAGGUGGAGAGUAAAGUGCACACGAAUCUGGCGUCCGAUAUCUGGUCACAUGACGUGAUGGCACAGGUGCAGGUUCUGCUCUAUUACCUACAGCACCAACCAAUCAGCUUCUCUGAGUUGAAGAGGAACACUCUGUACUACUCUACAGAUGUGUGAGCAUGCACUUCUGCCAUCCAGGAGAAGACAGGGCGGAUCAGCUCCUCUCUGUAAAUUAGGCAAGAGACAGUGUGAGGAGAGCCAAGUAGUUGGAUGUCGAAACCCAGAGCGUCCCUUAACUUGCUCUUGUUCAGUUCUUGAAUUAUUUUGUACAGAAGUGGAAACGAUGAACCAGCACUGUGCUCCCCGUGUAACAAGCUGUAUUUUGUAUAUUGGUGUUCAGGCAUUAUUUUAUGUAGGAGCCAGAAGCGUAGGUGGAGCAAGCUUCGGAGAGCGUUCUUUGUCCUCCACACUCCUCAGUGUGUGAGAACUUUAACAAACUUUCCGUAACUCCUCUGACCUUAAAGGUCUUUUAUCCUGUCAUAUUCUUGUGCUGGAGACUGCAGCCUUCCCUGUAUCCUUCCUCACCUUGGGGACCACAGGGGCCAAACUCUGCUCAUGCCCCCUGGACAAUUUCACAGACAGUUCUGCCAUGUUUUGCCAGGCACAGACUCACAGAAUGUGAGUGGACAUUCAGUCUUUACAUUUUUAAAUAUAAUUAGUUGCCAUGAUGUUCUCUUCUUCUCUUGUCCUUCUAUUGUGAAUGAAAGUGCUUCUUGGUUCUCUUUUAUUUACUUCCCCUGGUGGAGCUGUCACUUGUGAUUUUGCUGCUUUGAGAAGGUGGUACGUUUCUGUUACUGCGCUUGGCUUGGUGAAAUGACUGGUAUAUGGACUCUUCAGCACUUGGAGAAAUGUAUCCUUGUUGGACCAAACAUUCAGUCCAAGGAGACCAGUUGUCCCGACGAAAUCAAAACACAUCCAAGUCUCUGCAGAUAUUACAUUUAAAUAUAUUGACCGUUUAAAUUAUAAAGACAAGUGGUCAUCACAAUGCAAUGUGUUUGCUAUAUUCUUGUUCCCUUGAUGAAU